AUGAAACGCAUCAAUGGAUCAUCGUUGCAUCCAAGUAUCGAAUCUUUUCAAUACCAUAUUUCAUUGACAUCAACACCAAAACGUUUCAAUAAAUCGAACUAUUCACAACCGUUGUCAUCCACUUUGUCGACAUCAAAUAAUUCUCUGAAAAAAUUGGAUUUAUCCAUAUCAGCCAUAACAUUAAUUAAUAAACCAACAUUAAAUUGUAAAAAACCACGUCAACCUCAUCAUCGUAGAAAGAGACGAGGGCCCAUACAUUCGUCUACAGUUAUCAAAUACAUUGACCUUAACGAUUUACUAUACUCAACACGCGCUGUUCUUUCAGAUUAUUUAAUCUUAAAUUCCAGCUACGUGUACGAACUGAUGGAAACAGAAGGAUUUAUAAGAAGAUAUUUUGAGGAAAUGAAUAAUAAGACUCCUGAUGAGAUCUGGAAUGAUACGUUGAGACCGGGCAUUCAAAGCAUUCUAGUGAACCCUACUGAGCCACGUUCCGGCGAGUAUCGUAGUGUCUGUCGGUCGCUGGUGAACAAUCGUUUUGGCGAGAAACUGUAUACAAAUACUCGAGCAUUGAUCACCGAGCAUCUAGUUGGAAAAGUUAGAGAAACUAUCCUAGAAGCAUCUGCGACAGAAUUUUUGGGUAUUCUCAAAUCUAAAUGGAAUGUCUAUCGUAUGGCCAUUAGAAUUCUUAGUAGCAUAUUACGGCAGAUGGAUCAUUUGUAUGCUCGCGUAAAUGGUCUUGAUAAUACGCAACUUAUGAGUAUUUCUCUUUUUCGUGAAAAUAUUAUUAAUUAUCCUACUAUUCAAGAACGUCUCAAAAGCUCUCUGCUGAACACAUUCGAUCCGUGCCAGCACGGCGGAGUUGUAAAUGCAACAACGAUGAAAUAUAUCUGUCAAAUGUUGAUCACUAUGGAUGAUAAUAAUUCAAUCUACACUGAAUACUUUGAAACACCAUUUCUACAACAUUCAGCUAAUGCUUAUCAACAAGAAAGUGAGAAACUACUGGCCGAAAAGAAUGCAUCUGAGUAUAUCCGUGAAAUAUCUGCACGUAUUAGCCAAGAAUAUACGCGUGUCGUCGAUUAUUGUCCAAAAUCAACUGUGGAUUGCAUCGUUAAAAUGGCUGAAGAAGAAUUCAUUGAAAAACACGCGACGCGCAUUGUAGAAAUGGAAAGUUCAGGUGUAGUUCAUAUGAUAGAAUCAAAGAAUUACGACGAUCUGUCAUUGAUGUAUCGGGUUUUUAAACGAGUUCCAAAUGGCCAUUUGAUUGUUGUUAACUGUGUUAAUGGAUAUUUUCAGAAACGAAGAGAAGCAUUGAAAAUUGAAGACGAAGAGAACGGUCACCACGUUCAGUUGCUUGAUGAUUUACUUGAAUCGAUAGACACAUUCGAGAAUAUUCGUAGAAUCGUAUUUGCCGACGAUAUAUCAUUAGAACAAAACGUCAAGUUUGAUUCCGAAAGUCUGAACAAUAUAAACCAACGUCAUACGGCCUAUCUCUCAUCGUUUGUUAAACAUAAAUUCGAAAACGAUGUUACACAUUUUGAUAAAGAACAACUCUUGGCACUUUUCAAAGCAAUAGUACUCAUAAAUUAUCUGAAUGGAAAAGAUCUAUUUGAGCAAUACUAUCAAAAUUUUACAGAAAUAUUGAAGAAACUAAUGUACAAUAAAAAUGAAAAUAAAACAGUUCGUAUUCAUAUUCAGAAUUUACUUAAUUUGAAAGAUAUUUUCGAUAUCUUUCUCAAACGACCAUUCAAUGGUGACGAAACAUGCAAAAAACGAAUCGAUUUCGAUCUUGAAUGUUUUAUCAAUUCUAAACAACAUAUUUCAGAAUAUAUUUCCUUAUUUAUCAAUGACGAACUCCUAUCCAACUGUAAUAAUGAUGAUUGUAAUGUGAUUCUGGAUAAAAUAACGGCAAUAAUAGAAUAUUUACGAGACAAAUAUAAUUUUCAACAAUAUUACCUGAAACAUUUUGCUCAGCGUCUUCUUUCGAAGAGACCGAUAUCCGGCCAUAUGGAGAAUAAAAUGAUAUCAAGACUGAGAAUCAUAUUUGGUCAGCAAUUUGGACAUCAUUUGAAGUCUAUGAACAACGAUAUAUUGAUAUCGAAAGAAAACAUGAGCAAGUUUCAAGCUUUUCGUGUUCAGGAAUCAUUCGAUUUGCAUGGCAUUGAUCUUUCGGUGUUAGUUUUAACGCGAGACUUUUGGCCACUGCGAUAUACGAUUGAUCAGUGUAAUCUACCACAUACGAUACAACAAGUCUAUCAGUGUUUUCAUAAUUUUUUUAUAAAGAUGGAAAAAAAUCGCCGGCUGAUCUUAGAGCCAAGUUGUGGUACAGCAGAUUUGACGUUAGCAUUUUAUGAUCGACUAAAAAAUGAGCAGUCGACAAUUAAAAAACUCAACGAACAAAAAUAUCUGUUGCAUGUGUCGACUUAUCAGAUGAUCGUCUUGAUGUUAUUUAAUGAGAAAGAGUCGUGGUCAUUUGAGGAAAUUCAUGAAAGAACAAACAUCAAUGAACAUCAUCUUCAAUGCGCUUUAUCAUCAUUAGUCAUGAGUAAAACGAAAACGAAAGUACUUGUGAAACAACCUAAACAUAGCGAUAUUCAACCAAACGAUCGAUUUCAUAUCAAUGACUCUUUCCAAUCAACACAUUACUUUGUAAAAGUCAAGCAAAUCAGAAAAAAGUCUGAAAGUAAUCAGGGACGACAAGAAGUUCAACUUAAAGUCGAGAUUAUUCGUCAUCAUGAAAUUGAUGCAGCAAUAGUACGAAUUAUGAAGGCGCACAAAACUAUGCAACACAUUGAAUUGAUCAUGAAAGUCAUACAUUCACUCAAAGGACGAUUUCAAUUGACUUGCAAAGUAGUAGAAACUCGAAUUGAAUCAUUGAUAGAACGCGAAUAUUUAUCGUGCGCAACACACAACAGUAGGAAACAGUACAAUUAUAUGGCUUAG